AUGUUCCACCCCAAUCUCGGCCUCGGCCGCGGGCCCCAGCCCCGAGCGGCGAUCCGCGCCGUCGUCGCCCUCACCCUCGCGCUGCUGCUCCAGGUCGCGCUCGCCUCACCCCAGGAGCGCGAGACGGCGACGCCCGAUACGCCCGACGUCGCCCCCGCCGCCGCCGCCGCCGCCGCCGGACCCGUCAGGCACCUGUCCACGGCGACGGACCCCGACACCGGCCUCGUCACCGACACGUACGUCAAACCCCUCGGGACGACCACACCGGGAGAGGUGCGGAAUACCAGACCGUGGGGCGAGGUCGGGCUCCUGCAGCGCCCCUCGCCCGACGCCUCCAUCGUCAUCGUCAACGUCGCCUUCGACAUCGUGGACCCGGACACCCUCGAGCCUUACCCGCUGGAUCGCAUCUACAACCAUCACCUCGUCGUCCACUCGCGGGACGACGAAACGAACGAGUCGGAGCUUCGACGCGCCGUCGCGGAGGUACUCAGAAAAACGAUCCCCGCCGAGGACCUUCCCGCCGCCGCGACCUUCCUCGAGCGAAUCCCCCGCGCGGCGAUCCGCGCCGCGAUCCGCGGCACCCUCGACGCCGCCGUCCGACGCACCCGAGGCCACUCCUCCCUCCUGUCCCCGUGCGGCGUCGGCGUCGGCGUCGCGGGGGCGGGCGCCGAGUGGCGGGGCCAACAGCUCAACGUCGCCGCGACCUUUCCGAACGAUCCGUACCUGAACGGCACGUCUCUCUGGGUGGAACCCCCGGGGACGACGUGGGGUGUUAACGCCCACCUGAUUGACUUACGCGACGUGGAAAACCUGGCGGACGCGGUGCAGUGCAACUGCGAGGCGUACGCGAGACGCACCCCCGGUACGCCUCAAAACUGGGAUCACGGCCCGCUGCCCGGGGGCGGCAUCCAGUGCUGCGGCGACGGCGCGCUCGCGCCGCUGGCGCCCGGCUCGGCGGCGUUCGCGGACCACACCGCGUUUGCCGCUCCGUUGGGUAUCCUGUACAACGUCACGUGGUUUCCGAACACUCCCGAGGCGCUCGCCAACGUUCCGGAAGCUAUCCGGACCCUCGCGGCGAAGGCGCCGAUGCAAACCACGCUCAUGGUCAGCUCCAACCGCGCGGUGGACGGCGCGGCGUGCGCGGGGGAAUACAACGCGCGCGCGUGCGCCGCGGACCCGCGGGCGGCUGGUGACCCCGCCGCGGAGGAACGCCUCUGGAUGGAAGCCCUCGACCGAGCCGGAGACGUCGCGCCGGCGCCGCGCAACCAGACGUGUGAACCCGGUGAGUCACCGCCCAGUAGUGAGUCAUCCGGCAACGGCGCCGGCCCGCGGGUGACCGUCGCGUGGUCCCACCCGUUCAAGCUUCCCGACGGCGCGGCGUACGACGUCCGCUCGAUGUACGGUCACCAGCACGUGGGCGGUCGAUCCGUUCGAUUCGUCAACGUCACGGAUCCCUCGACGCCCGUCGCGAUUUGCGACUCGGUUCCCCGAUACGGCGCCGCCCCCGGCGUCGUCGGCGACGAGGCCGGGUUCAUCGUCGACAUCCCCGGGUGCAGGUUCGACCCGCCGCUUCGUUUGCGGGGCGGGGAGACGUACGCGAUCCGGUCGGAGUACGGCGCCGACCCGACGUCCCACGCCCCCGCGGCGUUUCUCGGCCUCGAGGGGGUGAUGGGAUACGUGAUAUUGCGGUUCACGGUGCCGGACGACGCGCCGGUGGCGACUUUUUCGGCGUCGGGGGAGAGGACCGUCGCGUCCGACGUGAGGCGCGCGCUGGCGUCCGGGGGCGCGGGUCUCUGCGUCGCGGCGGCGUCGAGCGGCGGUGAGUCACCGGGCGGUGACUCACCGGGCGGUGACUCACCGGUCGGCCCCGCCGCCGGUCCGAUGGCGGCGUUCGACUCGAACGGUUCCGACGAUGCACCGGAUGACGCCGGAUCUAUCGUCACGGACGCCGACGCGGCGGAAACCGACGAUGUGACGACCGGCGACGACUCGUCAGCCUGGAGGUCCGUCCUGCUCAGCGCCGAGGACAAUUUCACCAUGUCCUGGAGGUUCACGGACGACGCCAACUCCGCCGUGGAGUUUAAGCUUCGCAUGGAUCGUCCGAGCUGGAUGUCCGUCGGCGUGCACAGACCGGGGGGGCACGGGAUGCCCGACGCGGACAUGAUCGUGGUGCAAUCGAUGGACGGCGGCGCGAACUUUGCGAUUUCGGAGGUUUGGACCCAGGCGUACGACAGGCCGCGGCCCAAGGCGUUUUACGGCUUCGCCGCAUCCGCCGCGGCGCUCUCCUCGGGGCGAUGCGCCGUGGAGGUAUCUCCCGAGGGAGCCAUCGAGGCGUCGUUCACGAGGACCGCGGCCGCCGCGGCCGGCGACGAGACGGGCGCCGACAUCGUCCCCGGGGUCCCGACCACCGUGGUGUGGGCGCACGGCGAAGACGGGUUCGCGAUGGACUAUCACGCCAGACACCGAGGAACCGUCUCGGUGACGUGGUGA